GUAAGGAGUGGAUGGUCAUUUAAAUCAACACCAAAUGGCUGAUUUAUUUAGUUUGCAAGAAAUUACAAAUCUCAGAGAAGUAUUUUCAUCAUAUGAUACAGAUGGUGAUGGAAAUAUCACCGCAGAGGAUUUAGGUCGUAUUUUUGCCUCAAUGGGGCAAUAUGUAAGCCCUCAAAAAAUUGCGCAAAAUUUAGUCGAUGCGGACGCUGAUUCGAAUGGUAUGAUCGAUUUUCCUGAAUUUUUGACUCUUGUAGCGGCUCAUCUUAAUGACCCUGAGGAAAAAGAGCUUCGAUUGAAGCGAGUAUUUAAGCUUUAUGAUUUAGGUAACACCGGUUACAUAUCAGCCACCAAUUUAAGACUUGUGAUGGAACGUUUAGGCUGUCCUUUAAAAUCUGAGGAGGCAUUCGAGAUGAUUAAUGAGGCGGAUACAGAUGGUGAUGGGAAAUUAAAUUUCGAAGACUUCAAGCGGAUUGCUGCUGACGAAUGGAAUUUCUAGAUAAAUAUCUAAAUAUACUACUGCUCGCUUCUUGUUCCAACCUGAAUUAUUUAUGUAUAUUGUUUUGUAUAUACGCGCAUUCAAUGAUGUGCUGCAAUCUAUUUCCCACGAUAAUUCCCCCCCCCCCAAAAAACUGUUUCGGCAAACUGGUAUUUAUGCUCAAAAAAAUAUGUAUGCUAUGGAUCUUUUUUUUGUUAUUAUUUAAUUUCAUUUUAAUUUUGAAAAAAAUUCUCAUAAUAGGAAUAUUUAUUUCAAUAAGGCUUUUCACAUGUAAGGAACUCAUUUCUGAUAGAGCCCCAUUUUCUUUACCCUCAUAUCAUCUGAGGAAGACUAUGAACCUAGUUUGAUCGACCUCAAUAUGCCUUUGUUGUUGUUGUUCUGCUUAAAAUCAACUUAGAGGGCAUAUGGGCAUACAUCAGCUUUAAUAUUGAACUCGUUUCUAAUUUGCCAACGAUGAAUUCAUUGAGCGAGACACAUUCAAUUUACACCGUGGGUAACCCGGCUAAUAUUCCACACAUGCGUCUUGUGUGUUCAGUGCUAGUAAAUCUGGCCGCCAAGUAGGAGGAAGUAAAGGAUUAAUGCACGUUAUCCUGAUGCGAUUUCCAUCUAUUUAUCUUACCAAAUUCCCUUUUUAGGGUGAAAAAUAUAGCUCAAAUUAACAAGAGAUCACAUUGAUAAAAGGAUGAUGCGCAGCUUGUAUCGUAAGAAUAUUAUUCAUAUCUAUCUGAAGGGCUGAACAUAGUUGUCAUUUCGUGAUUGGUUUGUGAAUUUUUUUCAAUAAUAACUUUUUUCCGGUAAGAUAGAAUCCCCGCGUAAUGGAUGUCCUCACGCGAAUAACGUGAUGUGACCACUUGAGGGGGGAUAACUCCUAAAUUUCCACCUUGAGUAGGUUGUGGUGGCGAUUAGUUUUGCCGAACUUUUUAUUUGUGAAAGGGCUAGGGUCAUUGGGAUUAAAACACAAAGUAGUCUCUGUCUAAAGCAGGUCUAAAUGAAUAUGAUCAUGAGCCGUGCCGGAAGACUAACCCCAUUGCUUCUCGAUUCACUCAGGAUAUUCGUAAGCAUUAGUUGAGGAAAUUUGAAAACUUUGCUCUACAGUUACACGUUAUCUUUGAAACCUAAUAGCUAGUUAUUCAUGAAGGCAUUGCCAUAGAACUUGUGAGUAGACGAACAGUUGGAUCGCCAAUAGUUGUCUAUUUCUAUUUGUGGGAGUGGAUCCUAACUUAGACUAUCUAAGAUAGCAGUUGACUGAAAUAAGGUAAGCGUGAGACUUGUGAUGCGUGGGCGCCAUUUGACCAAAGCUUUGAUUUUUUUAUCUAUUCCAUUUCUCUAUUAUUAAAAGGGCUCAAAAUCCUUCAGCCCGGGAACAUUUUGAAAAAAUUAUCAUUUAUCAUGACAGGUAGGUGUACACAUCAAUAGUAUCCUAUUAUUGAUCUUAAUGGGACAUUCUAUUUUUCACUUGAAUAUUUAAUUUAAUGGAUUUUUAUUUGUUUUUAUUAUUUAGAGGGUGUAAUACAUCAAACUGAAGACUAUAUAAUAUAGAAAAUAUAUGUGCAUAUAAUUAAAUGCAAAUAUAUCGUGUGACGGUUGCAGAAAGGAGUGACAAACAUUAUCAUCCUUGGAUUCACAUCCAGCACUGGAACUGGUAAACUUCUGAUUUUCAUUAAAAUCAACAU